AUGGAUGCCCCCAGCUAUUCUUGCAAGAUCCUUAUUGUCGGCGGCAGCGUCGCCGGCCUGGCUUUGGCCAACAUGCUCGAACAAGUCGGCAUAGACUUUGUCGUCCUCGAGGCUGGUAGCAAGAUUGAUCCCACUGUAGGCGGAGGUAUUUCUGUGCAGCCACAAAUGUCCCGAAUACUUGAUCAGAUAGGCUGUUGUGAUGGCUAUAAAGGGGACGCUAUUCGAAAUGGCAUUCAAGACCUCGACAAUCACGUUUCCGUUCGGGAUCAGCUGGGCAAUACAAUAUUUAAGUUCGAUGGCCUGGCUGACGCUCUACAAAAGAGACACGGAUAUCCGGUAGUCUUUGUUGAACGCCAAACUCUGCUCCGGACCCUCUAUGACAAUAUGCAUGACAAAGACAAGGUCUUGCUACAGAAGCGUUUCGUCAAGCUGGAGCACAGUGAUGACAAGGUCAUUGUCACCACGCAAGAUGGGUGCACCUAUGAAGGCGACAUCGUUAUCGGGGCUGAUGGAAUGCAUAGCCUUGUACGUAAGGAGAUGCAUCGUCUCGCUCACAAGUUGUCUCCGGGAUACUUUGACAAGGAUGAAUAUUCUCUGCAUUGGGGCAUCUCGCACCCCACACCGAGCAUCAAGGCGGGUAGCAUCCAUGUCGUUAUGGCCAAGGACCACAGCUACUCGCUAUUCGCCGGCCGUGGAAAACUCUAUUGGUUUCUCUACGUAAAGAACGCUUCUAUAAUGCAUGGAAAGCAGGUGCCUCGUUACACAGCCGAGGAUGAACGGCAGCUUGCAGAGCAGUAUUUUGAGGACCACUUCGGCAAGACUGUUACUUUUGGCGAUGUCUACAAGAACAAGAUUGUAUCGAGCCUUACUCCUCUGCACGAGUAUCAGUGGAAACGAUGGCACUUUGGCCGCAUCAUGACGAUUGGAGAUGCCUGCCACAAGGUCCAUCCCCUCGGCGGAAGCGGAGGCGGUGCUGCCGUUGAAGACGGCGCUGUCCUCGUGAACGCACUACUGCAAAAACUCCGACAAUCGCCAAGCCAGAAUCUUUCCACGAGGGACUUUGAGGAUAUAUUUUUAAGAGCCCAGGCCGCCCAGGAGGAUCGCUCGCUUAGACUUGUCAACAGCGCCACCGAGAAGCAGAAGGCGGAUGCCAUGCAAGGCAUGCUCGCGCCACUAGCCGUCAAAUUUAUAAUACCGAACCUGACGGAUGACCAGGCGCUAGCCAUGGAUAGCGCCAGAGCAAUCACGGGGCAGCGGAUCGAAGCGCUGCCAGUACCGGUGCGGGAUCGCUACGUGCCUUACAACGACGAACUGCCAGCAAAGCCCUUGAGGAAGGGCUCUUUCAUCAUGAACUCUUGUUUUGCAGGAGUCCAGUUAUUGCUAUUCAUGGCAGCCUAUGUGCCACUCAGCACAUUGGUAUCCUGGAUCGGCAACUUUCGAGGGCUAGUUCACGGGGACUAUCUUGACGCGUUUGUUCAGCAUCUGGUAAAUGCUCAUGAAAGCGCUUCGACCAGUCAAGUAUCACAGUCCACGAUCUCCCUGGUUCUACUCACCCCCAUCUUCCUGCUUUGGUCACUCGAGGGUUUUCGCCGAGGUAACCUCGGCUCCCCGUGGUCAUGGCCUAUCACGUUGUUUCUUACAGUUGGACUGACAAUGGGCGAGGGAGCGAAAGUUUUCCCUCUCUACUUUCUGUUCACCAUGCUCAACUCGUCCAGAACCAUCUUUACCUCUGUGACCGGAAGACCCGUGCCUCUUGCCGUGGCCAAUGUCAUGGUUCCUGUGACCUUGACCAUUUAUGCUGUCCAGAUAGCCCUUUGUACGGCAGUGGCUACCAAUCAAGCCUAUGAUGGUUACUUCAUGGCCAUGGGACGCUUACUUCCAGCGUGUGCGGCAGCCAUCAUACGGCUCCUUGCCUCAAACCCCCCGUCAAAAGUUCAGUCUGUUGGUCGAACUUCUUACAAGGAAUAUAUGGCACCAUACAUGAAUGAAGACUUCCCAUCAAUCAUGAAUUGGUAUCGAGUUAUCCUCACCCUGAGUGUGGCAGGGGACAUGGUUGUUAUGCUGGGGUCCUCUUCUCCUACGCAGCCAACCCUGGUUUUAUCCAGCAUCGUUGUGCACUGCCUACAGACUGCCUUUCAACUGAGGAGCUUGGGUUACGCAACAACCGGACAAGCCGCAGCCUCAAUGGUCAUGAUCAUAUUAGGCACCAAGAUUCUGGGACCAACGACGGUCUAUUGCGGGCUGUGGUACUGGAGAGAGAACGUUAUUCACGGCCUGAGCAAGUGA